UGUUCUAGUCCUUGUCUCUUGUUUCGCCAAUACAAUCUCUUGUCGCCCAUCGCUCUCGCCUUGUCUUCUCUACUUCGCUUCCGCCUCAGUCGUCGAGAUCAUAACACUUGCAGGGGAAGGAUUUCCGGGCAUUUGUGCAGAUUGGGUACCUGGUUUCAUACGGGCUGGUUUCGGCGGCGUGGUCUCGGGCAUGGCGGUACAUGGCUGCGUUAUCAGCCCUGUUGUAUACUCGAAUCGUCGACACGACAACGGAAGACUUUAUGGCGGAUGUCAACAGAUUGCUGAAUGCGGUGCUAUCUGCGGUCGUCGAGGGCGAUAUUCGCCUCCUAAACCACAACAAAUUUCACAUCAUCCUACAUAUUCUGGACUGCAUGCGGCGACUGGGACCACCUAUGCUUUAUGCAACAGAGAAAUUUGAGUCGUUCAAUGCUAUCAUGCGGAAUCAUUCUGUUCAUACAAAUCGCCAUGCGCCAUCCAAGGACAUAGCGGUGCGGUUUGCGCGGUACCAAACAAUGCGGCAUCUGGUGUCCGGCGGGUACUACUGGAGCGGCGCUAGUGAGGGUGACAGAGCUGAAGCAGAUGGCGCAAUGGGACAAGAAGGUGCUGUGGAACAAGGGGCCGACCAGCCUGGAGCGGACCAGCCUGGAGCGGACCAGCGUGGAGCCGAACGAGCCGGAGCCGAACGAGCUGCGGGACAGUGGGAACGGGCGGGAGAGGACUUGAUCGGUUUGCUUGAGUUGCCGCAAGUGAGAAAGCUGUAUGGAGUGCUAUCCGAGGAUCCGCCGCUUGCUCCCAAAAGGAAAAUCAAUCGGAAACCUAUCAAAUUUGAGGCAACGGUAGCCGGCGGUUCACACAACGAUAGGCAUCACUUGAAUGUAAAGCUCACGUUUUCGUGGCAAGCGCUCCAUGUUGACAAGCACCGGAAGCUAGUUGUAGGGGAAUUUGCGUUGUUAUUCGACAAAACCAUCGCAAGAGUUGAGGAGAUUUCGACUUUCCCAAAUGACAACGAAUCUAUCCUGAUAGGUGUCAGCCUCUUUGAUGUGCUGGAUGCAACAUGGCAGGGAUGCCCAGUGAUCGCCGCACCUGCUGAUGCCCGGAGACGACUAGUUAGUGUUUCAGAUAUCGAAGGGCCGGUGAAUACACAACAUCACUGCAGUUUUCUGGGGUGCGAAAUCGCUAAAAGCAAGGAGCCCACCAGACAGGAGCGCGUGAGUGUGGUCAAGCUCAAAGAGAAGAUCAUUCAUAUACCGACGGAACUAUUGUCAACACUUGCGUAUUCAGCACCCCAUGGGUUCGCAAAUUAUUCCCAGUGCAGAUCGACGAUGGUGACGACAACUUGACGGAAAGCAUUCGGAAAUCGGUCAAUACCUAUGAGCUAGCAGUUCUUUUGGGACAAGAGGGUACUACAACUCAUGGUACUACAUCUGAUGCCGAUUCUGAUCAACCGUCAUCGAUACCGUCGGACGGGGAAUCGUCGGCAUUGGAGUCAGAUGGGGCCGAGUCAAUUGCCGAGUCCACCAUCAGCCAGGAAACAGAAUUCGCAAUCCCAGCACCCAUGCCCCGUGGCCGUAGGAAAGCGGCGGGGAAAGCGGCGGGGAAAGCAGAGGGGAAAGCAGAGGGGAAAGCGGCGGGGAAAGCAGAGGGGAAAG